CCCUUCAUCCAUGUGUAACUAGUGCUGUAGUGAAAAUGCAGGGAGCCAGUGUAAAAAUUAGUGAUGAAGAAAAGAUCAGGACAGCUGCGACGUUUAAAGCUGAUGGCAAUGCUUUCUACAAGGAGAAAGACAUCAGGAAGGCUAUCGGGAAAUACCACAGGGCCAUUUUACAGCUGAAAGCUGUUGGAAGUGAAAAGAAAUGUGCUGCCUUGAUGCCGGUGCCGGUGGCUCUUUCUUCACAAGAACUGUCCGACGACAUGAAAGAUUUGUUUACCUCUUUGAGAGUGGACUGUUACAAUAAUUUAGCAGCAUGUCUACUACACCAGGAGGCCACUAACUACAGGAAAGUACUGGAGUACUGUGAUCAAGUUCUAGAGGACCAGCCGUCCAACAGCAAGGCCAGACACCGUAAGGGAGUCGCUCUUUACCACCUGAAGCAGUACGACGAGGCUCAAGCUAUCCUCCUUAGUUUAAAUGGAACAGAUGCGGCAACAAAGAAAUAUUUAGCUCUAUGUAAACAAGCCAUUCGGGAAGAAGAUAAACAGCUUCAGAAGACAUAUCGUGCCAUGUUUAGUAGCAAUUCAACACAACCAACACAGAUGGAGGAAACUUGACACCAAUGUAAAUUGUAUGGAAAGUGAAAGUAUACAAAGUGACUGCUUACAUGAAACCUGACCCAUGUAAACUGUAUGGAAAGUGAAAGUGAAUGAUGAGUGACUGCUAGCACGAAACAUGAUCCAUGUAAUAUGCAUUGUAACAUCUGAAAUGUGACUGCUUUCACUGUUUAAUUAUCUGUGAUAGUAUGUGUGAUUUUCACACAGCCAUCUUUUUUAGAGAAAAGUUCUAAAGCUGUUUGAGGAAGGAACAAAAUAUUUGCAUUAAAUGCACUUAAGAAUGGUUGCUUAAUAUGUGGAAGAUAGUAUGCCCAUAUUAUGCCAUAGCCUGGUAAGGUAUGGUUCCGAACUGUGGAACAAGUCUAAAUUGAUACAGACUAAACCAUUAUUGGAUCAGACAGGUUCAACUUGAACAGUCAUGUAUACACAGAUGUGACUGAAGGUUGGUUUAUACAGGUUUCCAGAUUAGGUUGAAAAGAUUGUGAUGCAGACAAGAUACAGUCGGUACCUUAGUAGAUUGUAUAACAAAUUCAAAAUCUGUAAAAAUGAUGAAGUUACAUUUUUUCGAAAUAUGUUUUCAUAAGAGUUUUUAGAUACCAAAUCUCCACUGUAAUGAGUUAAUAAAUCUAGCAAGACAUAUUUUGAGUUAUUAUAUAGACAUCGCUUUAAGAAUUUCUAGGGAGUUGAUAUGUGUAUUAGAAUGUUUUCUGUGAGAGGGAUCCAAUAUAGGCACUACCUAUCCUAGUAAAUCUUUAAAGGUUCAUGUGUGUUUCAAAUCAAAAUGAAAUGUUAUUAAAUUUAAUAUUGAAUAAUAUUUUAAAAACCUUAUUUGGGACCUUAUUCAUUUGAAAAAAUAGACAGGGAAGUUCAGACUUGGGUCUCAGCCUGUUCAAGGAGAAAUUACAGGAAAAGUGUGA